CUAAGUUGCAAUCAAUAGAAGGAAUUAACUGUGACGAUUAUAGACCGUCAGGAAAAGAACAAGAUCUUCAGGAAUUGAAGAAGAACAUAGGAGAUUCAUAUCAACACAGAAUGCAUUAUGGGAAAACCAUUUUGUUCAUGGAGAUUCAUGAAACCGCCAUCGAGAACCUGAAAG